AUGGCGGACGUUGCGGGCGAUCAAGCGCCUCGCCGCUUCAAGGUGGCGGGCGAAGGCCUCGAACUGACCAUCACGCUCGAUGCCAAGUGGCAGGCCCGCCCGUUCCAGCAGGCUGUCGCGCUGCCGUUCGUCAAAAAGUUCAACAGCCAGCAGAGGGAGGGCGGGCGGCAGCUGAGCGUCGAGGCGCUGUGCGGUGUGCAAAUCGACGGAGCCGCUCUGUCGCGCGUGGCGGACGCGCGGCUCGCCGCCGCCGGCCUUGUGGUGCCGCCGGCCGCGUCGCGCGUGGAGCUAACCUUUGGAGAGCCGCCGCCGACGGAGUUGCGGCUGCGCGUCGCGUGCGGCGACGUGUCGGUCAAGCUCACGCUGGACAAGCGGUGGUUGGGCAAGACCGUGGCCGAGGCAGUCGUCAAGCCCUUUCUCUCUCUGCCGAGCGCCAAGGAGGCGCUGCGGAUGGGCCCGCUCGAGGCGCUCGGCUGGCACUGCACGCGCGUCGACCUCUUCUUCUCGUACGAGGCGGUGCGCGCGGCAGCCAAGCCGCGGCCGAUGCUCGGCCAGAGCGCGGACUACCGCGAGGCGACCGAACUGCUGUGGACACACCGCAAGCUCAACAAGGCGGACGGCGCCGCCAUCGCUCGCAGCUUCACUGCCGCCUCGCCGCUGCGCAAGCUCAAGUACCUCUACCUCUACGGCAACAGCCUCGGCGACGAGGGCCUCGCCGCGCUCGCGCCGGCGCUCAGGCAAACGGGCAGCCGCCCCUCCACACCCACUCUCACCCACCCACCCACCCUCCCUCUCCGCUUCCCGCCUCGUGGGCCGCCGCUGCGGGAGCACGCGCCCGCACUGCGGGAGUUGCACCUCUCCACCAACGGCAUCGGAUCGGAGGGUGUGCGCGCGCUCGCCGAGCUGUGCCACCCGUCGCCAAAGCUGGCGGCGCUCUCGCUGCACGACAACCGGAUCUCGGACGAGGGCGUCUUCGCGCUCGCCGACGCAAUCAGCGGCGGCUCCUUUGUCGUCGAGAAGGUCACGCUGCACACCAACCCCGCCGUGAGCGCCGAGGGGGUGCGGCGCAUGACCGAGGCUUGCGCCGGCGCCGACUUUGCGGAGCCGACGCCCGACCGCGGGCCGACCCCCUACAUCCCGCUCGACCACACGCCGCAGCGCUGGCUGGAGCGGGGCGACGUGGACAAGUGA